CCUGUUUGGACAUGCGUUAAGUUUCGUUUAGUCGUGAAGGAGGAAGUUCCCUCAUUCUGGUUGUGAAGUCUCUGAGACAAACAGCUGCUAGAUAUGGCCUCUGCUUCCUACAGGGCUGAGCUCACCUGCUCCGUCUGCCAGGACAUCUUCACUGAUCCAGUCAGCCUCACCUGUGGUCACUCCUUCUGUAGGGAAUGUGUCACCGGCUCCCCAGAACAGAGAGCAUGUCCAUGCUGCCAGGCUGUCUACGCUGCUAAUCUGACCACCAACCUCACCCUAAAGAAGCUGGCCAACACGGCGAAGGAGGAUUUAAGGAACAAGGUGAGUUCCUGGAUGUGUGCCGAGCAUGAAGAGAAACUGAAGCUGUUCUGUGAGACCGACCAGCAGCUGGUCUGUGUCAUAUGCAGAGAUGGGGAGGAGCAUGACGGACACAAGUUUAAACCAAUCAAAGAAGCAGCCCAGAUCAGGAAGCAGGGACUAGAGGACACUAUGCAGCUCCUCAUUGGUCAAAACAGAACCACAGAAGACCUGAUCAAAACACAGGAAGGAGAGAAGAUGAAACUCAAGCAGAAGAGCCAGCAUCUGAAGGUCCAGAUCAGCUGCCACUUCGAUGAGAUGCAGCAGUUCCUGAAGAGGAGGCAGAAGGAGAUCCAGGAGGAUCUGGAGCAGAAGAACAAGGAGGCUCUGAAUGAGAUGGAGGUGAAUCUAGGGAGGCUGAAGACCCACCUGUCUGAGGGGAGGGAGAGGGAGAACUGGAUUAGGUCUGAAGGAGAUGUCUCUGAGCCUGAAGCCUUCCUGAAGGGCUGGGCGGAGAAGAUGAGAGAGCAGCCGUCUACAGCAGCUGAGAUGACGCUGGUACCUGAGUCUCUGUCCUUCAGCCCCUACAGCAGUCACCUGCAGUUCCUCGUCUGGAAGGAGAUGCUGCAGAUCAUCAAACCGCUGCCCGACAGACUCAUCAUGACACCAGGAAAUGCAAAGCUGACCGUCUCUCACGAUGGACGCAGUAUGUACAGCACUCCUGAACCACCUGUCUUUGGAAGAAGACACACAGAUCCAUUUAGCCACUUUGGAUCUGGAUUUUCUACACCAACUACUUAUGCAUUAUCUACACCAACUAGUUCUGAGAGGUUCUCUUCAGGCCAGCCAGACUGUGCUGUGAGCGCCCCCUUCCCCGACGGGCAGCAUUACUGGGAGGUGGAGGUGGGGUUGGGGGCUCUCUGGGAGGUGGGCGUGACGCACAACAACCUCAUAACUGCUCUCCAGUAUGACGGUCAACAAUAUCUCAUCAAACAGGACAGAGGUACAGCUAGCCCUUCGUCCCCGGUCACAGACGCACCUCGUAAGAUAGGCGUUUACCUCAACUGUGAGACCAAUGAGCUGUCCUUCUACAACGCCGACAAUUCGAUGCUGAUACAUACUAUAGUUGUUGGUAUGCAGAAUGUAGCUCCCUAUUGUGCUGUUGGUUAUGAUAGGGUGAGUCCAGACCCUCUGAAGGUCUGCUGGUACUGAAGGCCAGACCCUCUGAAGGUCUGCUGGUACUAAAGGCCAGACCUAGGACUGAACGUCACUGGGCUUGGGGUUUUCAGAAGGUAGAUUUAAGUUGGGUUUUAUAAAAAAGUAAAAGCGACACUGAUAUUGGUAACACUGACAUAACUAGCGUAAAUACAUAAAUACACAUAACUGCUGCAUGUCAUUAGCGUGAAUAAAUGGGAUACUUUAAAUUAACUGAGAAUAAAUGUUAAUCGGAAACAAGAUCAUUUCUUUUCUAUAUUAUGUUAUUGCAAUUUUUUACAAAAAGCCAUCGUCAUACAUAGUUAUUGUAAAUGCUUUCAUAUUUGCUUUCAUAUUUGCUUUGGCAUACAGGUAUUGUCUAAUUUGUUGUGUUCUUUGAAAUGUUAAGUUUUAACACAGCCAAUCAUGUUUAAAGGGUGAAACAAGGAUUUAGCUAUGGAAUACCUUGAACUAAAAAUGUGUAAAACAUUUUUCAAAUCUCAUAUUAAAUAAAUGAAAUGUGAAU